AUGACAAGCAAUCGUUCAUUUAAUCAAAUUAUUGUGCAACUUCAAACACUUAAUGAACAAGAUGAAAACAUUCAAAUAAGAUGGAAAAUAAGUUCGACUGUAGACUUUCUAGAUGUAUUGGUACAAAAUAAUCACGGUGAAUUGAAAACUUCAGUAUUUCAUAAACCAGCAGCUGAACCGUAUAUUUUACCGUUUACAUCCAAUCAUCCACGUCAUGUUCAUCGUAGUACAUUCAAAUUACAAUUAUUUCGCGCUGUACGGCUUUGUUCUCAUGUAGAAGACUUCGACAAUAAACGUUUAAAUAUUGAAUUGUCAUUCCUAUUAAAUGAUUAUCCACAAAAAUUCAUUUCAUAUCAUUUAAAACAAUUUCUUCAACAAUAUGGUGUUUGUACCCUAUUGCAAUAUCCUAAUCAAAGCCUAUAUGAUAAAUUACAUGGACAACUAUUAGCACAACCAACACUUCGUGAAAAACUAAACAACCAACAAGCAAACAGCUAUCAACAGAAGAUUUACACGGUUAAUCAUGAUAUUCAAAUUCAGAGUACUUACGAACGUGGUUGUACAUUACAUUUUCGAAAACAAUUAAAGAAACUAUGGAAGAAACAUUAUAUUGACAACAAUCCAGUAAAAAGAAGUUUUACUAUAAAAUUUUCAACUAAAACUAAAAAGAACUUAACGCAACUUUUUGUCAAGAAGAAACCUCCGAAAUCUAUUCUUAAAUACAUUCCAACAACAGAAACCAACACAACAGAACACAAAUCAUAG